AUUCAUUUUCAUUUUUUUUUUCUUAACAUUUCUCUGAAACUCAACAAUGGCGUCGACGAUGAAGCCAUGUCCCAUAACCAACCUCGAAGAAGAGGCGGAGGACGGCGGCGCAGCCGUAGAACGUUCGAUCUUUACACAGGAUGACGAGUCUACGAGCGUAUUCGUCUGCGACUCUCCUCCGUUCCACGACAGGGACAUCGAUUGCGAUCCUUAUUUCCCUUUCGCAGGCCACCCGAUUUCAGAUUCCGGAUCGGAUUCAGAGCUCGAUCCGUACACAUGUCCCAUCGAUUUCUUCGAUCGAGAGACCUCCGAGGGGGUGUACUUAGGAUCUGGAGGACUUACGGGCGAUGAUUUCAAUGUAUGGGGCUUUUAUGAACCUAAGGAAGAAGAAGAGGAGAGGGAGAUAGUCUUGGGGAGUAGAUGCGAGUCCGGAUCCGGGUCGGAUCAGCAACCCGGGCUUCGAGUGACCGGUCUCGAUUCGGAUUCCGAUUACGAAGAUGACGUGUUUAAUUUCACCUCCGGGGAGAGUGAGAAUGUGGCGAAUGAGUCGGGUCGGGUCGAGGUUGUUACGGGUCUACCUCCGGUUUGGGAUUACGACUUGGGUGAUGAAAAUGAAGAGUGGGAGGAGGUGCGGAACGCUAUUAACUGGACGGUUAGAGCUUUUAGUAGUUCCGAAGAAGAAGAAGAGUUAUCUUCGCAAUCGAGAGAUGAUCAUGAAGAGGAAGAAGAAGAAGAAGAUCAUGAGCUUGACUGGCAGGUUUUGAUAACUAUCAACAACGUUGUUAAUUACAUUGAACAAGCUGAAGGUAUCACGAUCAUCUCUGGUGAUAUGGAUCCGAGCUAUUACAUGUAUCUAGCUAGCUUGGGUGAUGGUGAUGCUGCUGAUGAUGUUAUUCUUGGGCACAUGUUUGAUAACGAAGCUGGAGUCAGGGGGAAUCCUCCGGCUGCCAAAAGGGUUGUUGAGGAUCUUCCUGUUGUGGAACUUACGGUCGAAGAAGGGGACGUGGUUUGUGCGGUUUGUAAAGAUGAAAUGGUACUAGAGGAGGAAGUGAAGAGGCUUCCUUGUAGGCAUUUGUAUCAUGGAGAGUGUAUUACGCCUUGGCUGGGGAUAAGGAAUACUUGUCCGGUUUGCCGGUUUGAGCUUCCCACUGAUGAUCUUGAGUGUGAAAGGCAUAGGGGAUCACAAAGGAGCAACACCAGUUUUUUCCUUGCCGGGUAGGUAUAUUUAAAGAAAUGUGAAGUAUCUAUUCGCAUGUAAAUAGCCACGGUGUAAAAGGCAAGAUCCUUGAACUGCUUUGUUUUGUGGGAAUCAGCACUUAUCGUGAAUGCGAUAAUGUUGAAGUUGUAUAUAUUCCUUUUUAUGAAAUAAAUUAUGUUAAGACUUCGAA